UCCUGUACUAAAUCCCCAGCCAACUUGACGGCCAAUGAACGUUUCCACACUGCGUGGCUGGACUACCUCGUAGCCAUAGCAACGGCCCAGAGCAUGGCUCGUGACAGGAGAAAGUCAGUCAAACAUUUGAGUAUUUAAUGUUUGUUUUCCGACUUCACUGCGCAGGAGACUGUUGACUAUGGGAGACGAGGAAAGAUGUAAGGAGGCGACGCAGGAGGGAGAAGAGAAGGAAAUGAAGACGGUUCUUCUCUGUCCUCCGAUCUACCCACUGCCUGAAGAGAUAGAAAAGAUGGAGCGCAGUGAGACGGUGUGUCGCUACUGUGGUGUGAGCUACCUCAUUUUCCACGAGUUCCAUCAGCUCAACAGCCGACUGGCUCAGUUGGAGGAAGAGCUCCAGGGACUGAGAGAGACCACCCAGAGGGUGACGGCCCAGCGAGAGGCACUGGAGCUGGGCAGGCUGGAUUGGGAGAAGGCGUUUCACCUGGAGGUGCAGCAACAGACGGCGGAGAAAGAGAAAAGCACAAGAGAAGCGCUAGAAGAGAAGCACAGAGACGCAGAGAGAGCUCUGAGAGACGAGGCUGAACAAAAGUACGAGGCGGAGAGGCAAAAGAUAAAAGACGAGCAUCAGAAAAUCAGUGAUGAUAAAGAGGGGCAAGUGAGAAGAGAGCUGGGAGAGCUCCAGGCAGAGACACUGAGGAAGCAGCGAGAAGAGCUGGAGAGGAGGACCGAGGAGAGGGAGAAAGUUCUGACUGACGCACUUCAAAAGGCCAAUAAAAACUUAGGUCAGCUGAGAGAAUAUCUCCAACAGCUGGAAGAGAGGCUGGCAAAAGCGUCUCACACAAAGGAGGAGGCAGGGCAGAUACUCGGAAAAGCGAUGCGGCGAGGUGAAAUUCUCAGAGGAGCGUGUGAGCGGCAGCAGCGGGCCCUGCGAGCGACACUCUCCGUGCUCCGAUCCUCUGGCAGUGGGCUCACAGAUGUACGGGGUUUCCUCAGCCAGCUGACAGGGGUCUGGCAGGCCUUCAGAUCUCAGAUACUGCAGCACAGCACACAGGUGUUCUCAGUGCUGAAGCAUUCCAGUGCGGAGUUACAGAAAAUGAGAGAAGAGAAGGAGCGCCUAACUCAGCAGCUGAUGGAGCAGAGGAGACAGCAUGAGGAGAAGCUGUCCCAACAGAAAGACUCUGAGAACCAACACAGGGGGAAACUACUCAGGUUAAAAGAGGAGUUGGAGGAGAAACACGACAGGUGGUUGUCAUGCCAACGCAGGUGUGACAUCAUGCAGGAGCAGCUGUCAUCAGACCGUGCAGCUGAACAGGAAGUGGCACGACUGAGGGAAGCUGUGGAGAAGGUCCAGCAGGAAGCGAGAGAGCUGAGGAGAGAAAGGGAGAUAUUGGCAGAGUCCCAUGGCAGAGCCCUGACCAAGAUGGAAGAAGACUGCAGACAGAAAAUAACCUCAAAGCUGGCUGCCGCCCUUGCAGAGCAGAGAGCCCAGAAUGCAUUGCACCUGAGGGAGCAGAUGGAGGAGUUGCGCGGGGAGGUGGAGUUAGAGCUGACAAUUGACAGGGAGAAGAACCAAGUGCUGCUUCUACAAUACCAGCGGGACAGCACACAGCUUCAGGAGAAGCUAGAGGAGAGAGAGCAGGUGCUCCGCGGACUGCAAGACGAGCUGCAGGAGGAGAGGGGCACUACAGCUGAGCCUGCUAGUGACGGAGAGAAAUGCUGAACUUCAAGAAGAGGUGGCGUUGCUCCAGGAGACAGUAAGGAGGGAGUGUGAGGAGAGGGAGGAGCUGACUGCUGCUUUGUCUCGAGCACAAGGGGAGCUUCUUGGCCUGCGAUCCCUAGCGUCUCAUCAGGGCUCCUCCAGGUCUCCUCCAAACCCCAUAAAGAGACAAACAGCCCCAGGGAACAAGCAUUUCCAUCUCCAUAGUCAAACCCGGGUCACUCUUACUCGCUCUUUGAACUCCCCAAACACACUGCGACCCUCCCCUUCCUUGACAGACAAAGACAGAGGCCAGGGCACAGAUGGAGGAGGAGCGGGGAGGGGUUUUGAGUCUCGGAAUCGAGAUGAAAAAAGACGAGAGGGGACACUGCCCAGACUGAGAGCCGGCAGCACAGUGGGCGAAGUCAAACGUACAGUCAGUUUAGCAAAGGAGAGACUGUAGAAAGAAAUCAGGAUGUGUUACAGUUAGUGCAAUGGUUCAAAAUAAAAAUGUUAAAAUAUUUGUUUUAUAGUAUUUUAAUGUUAACCAUAUGUUUUUAAUAGUAUUUUUUUAUUGUUCCCUAAG